AUGCGGUUCUUGAGUAGUGUCUCUCUUCUUCUAGAAAAUGGUAUCAACUCAGCAAUUCUUAGUGAGAGAGCCAACGAGAAGAUCGAGGCCACGCUGGCUAUUAAAACCAUACCACCCAUCGACUACCGGAAUUGUGAUCGUGACUCACUCUGCCACUCUGCGUGCGAUCGCCUGUAUGGUUGUUGGGGUCCCCGGCGGGAGGACUGCGUUCGCUGUAGUGGCAUGGUCAUCAACGGUACUAUCUGUGUAGCCUCCUGUACCGACCUACCCGGCUUCUACGAACCUAACGAGAAUGCAGUUUUAACCGGAGCUCGUCGUUCAACUAGAGUUAAUCCGCUCACACUGAGACUCUCAUUGGCAAAACUGGCUGCCGGGAAUCCGACCAAUGCACAGGCACUGGAAAGUACAGGAAUGCCUAAAGCCGACCGAUCCUGUGCUGCCUGUCACCCAGAAUGUGAAGACUCCUGCACUGGACCGGGUGCUGACCAGUGUAUCGGAGGUUGCAAGCACGCCAGGGUAAGAUUAUUUUCCUUUAAGUUACGGUGA